AUCGCCCGCACAGCAUACUCACCCUACGGAGCACUUUCUGUACCUGACUACAAUUGCGGCACGCCUGGAUGUCUCUGACUUCAACCAUGCCCAGAGCUCAGUCGAAAAAGUUCUACUGAAAGGAAAAAAAGGUCCUAGGGAAGCGCUCAGUUCAGCGUUGUCCAUAUCCAAGGCAUACCGUGACAGGUCAGACCAGGCCCAAGCGGGUAAUACGGAGAGAGUGAGGAUAGAUUCACUCCACGACUAGUCAACGCAAUUCAGCAGGCCACGGAUUGACUUGUGGCAAUUGUCGGAGUUCUCCAAGGAGUGAGUCGGCUAUCACCUUUCUUCUUGCAUUCUUUUGAGGACGGGGAUAUGGUGACCUCGGUGGGGGCCAUCUCAUCUGCGAUGGCUGCCACGGCACGGACGUGCCAGGUCACGCUGCAGCAGCACGUGCUGACUCAUGCAUCCCUUGCUGGGGUGAAGAGUGAUGUCAGCGGGAGUUCGUCUGGUGGUGGGACGCGGCAUAGUAUCUUGUUCCGCCAUGUAUCCUCGGGGAAGGAAGAUUUGAGAAGGGGGAAGUGCGGCACGCACAUGCGGGAAGCAGCGUGGUCCGGUCGUUUAUCAGAGAGAAACAGAGCAGGAGCUGGUGUUAGAUCUGACAAUGGUUUGAGGUUUUGUGCUGUGUACGCGAUUUCCUCGUGGAUUGGCCAAACUCAUCUAGGAGCUUCAUCGUUGUCUUCUUUCGGUUCUUCAUGGGCACAAUUAGUUAAGUUAACGAAGGUGGUCGAAGACGCAGCGAGAAGAGUGGCAAGGAGGAGGACGGGGAGGAGAGGGGACAGAGGGCAGGGUGGUGGUUUUGCGCUGAGUGUGCAAGCGUCGGUGUUCGGUGUGGGAGCGCCAGAGGCUUUGGUCAUUGGCGUUGUCGCUUUGCUGGUAUUUGGUCCCAAGGGGCUUGCUGAGGUGGCAAGGAACUUGGGGAAAACUCUACGAUCUUUCCAGCCGACCAUUCAGGAGUUGCGCCAGGUGUCCAACGAGUUCAAGAACGCUCUGGAGCAGGAAAUCGGAUGGGACGAUGUACAGGAUCCGAAUGUUCCCCCUGCUGCAGGGAGGGUUCGUCCUGUCCCAUACGAAAGUGAAUCGACGACGGCGGGAGGGAUUGGAGCUGACACACGCCCCGCAGCAGCCGGUCCAACUUACACAGCAUCGCAAUCCAGCGGGAUGGGCGGAGGAGGGGGAGUGGGAGCAGCGGCCGGCUUGGGGGGGGGUGAUCAGGGGGCAAUAACAGUCACGGAGGAAAUGAAAGCAGCAUCGGCGAGGGAAGCAUGGAGGAUAUCGGCACCCCCAACUGGUGGACAACAGGAUGGCCCUGCUACCUGACAGAGUGCGCGUCAGCUGGCCAUCUUUCAAGACACGUCCACGUGCUUUCCCUUGGGAACCGAAAAGGUGUGGAACAAAACGGAGAGGAGUGGCAGUGAUUCCCAAGAGGGUCUUGAUCAAUCUCUUUGGGUGUAUGAGAUUGUCAUGCUUUCCCAUCAGACCCAGGCUUCUGGCUCCAGUAUUGAUUUCCUGAUGUAGGAGUUAGGAGUUGCGACAAGCAGAAGAACGGUCGAUAGGAGGGAAAAGAAGGAAAGGAGUUCAGGUGGUGUUAUCUCAACUC